AUGGGAGCUCCAGCGUGGGGGUCUCGCGGUGGCGAUCGACCGCGCUUACUGCGGAUGACACCUCUUCGACACAGUUUCGCUGCACCUGCCACGCCGCCCGCGCCUCCGCCCCGCACUCAUGAUUACGCCUCAGAUGCUGACACUAAUAAAAAAGAGGAAAGCUGGAAUGCAAAUUUAUCGCAGAGAUGGAGAAAGUUACGACGUAGGUGUUCACGACUCCGGCCCGGAUCCGGUAACCGCGAUCCGAGCCCUGUACGCUGUUCUCCAUCGCCUCCGCGGCCUCCAUCGCACUGCUCCCCUGCGCCACCUUCGAAGCUCUCAUUCAGACAUCGCGGUAAAGUAUACACAACGGCAUCUUUACGAGUAACGAGUGGCGCUCCAGAUAUACUUCGUGCACUUGGGAAAUUAGGAGGUGGAUUAAGAAGAAGAGCGUUAUCUGCACAUGAUGUGCUUGCUCCGCCACAACAACAACCCUCAACUUUUUACGUCCCUAGUCCAAGCAAUGGACGAACACCCACAUCACCAAUGUCCUCACGACAUAGCGCUACUGUUCGUCGACGAUGCAGCUCACCGAAUGUGUACAGAGCAAGAGAAUCACCACGGGAUCGAGCACCACUUAUAAAUCAAGAAGAUGAAAGUCGAGAUGUCGUUGAUUAUAGUUAUGGGUUAGAACGUAAAAACAUUGGUAAAGAGCUCCGAAGUAGACCAUACAGUGAAAAUGUUGAAGUCGAAAAUAUAUAUAGAAAUGGUUAUAACCGGUUAACAUCAGAUACUGCAGAUAAGUUAUGGGAAGAACCUUAUAGAUUACCUCGGGUACAAGUUCGCCAAGAGCCAAUGCAACAAUUGCGUAACUGUGUAGCUGAACUACGAGUGAGCUCAACUCCUCGGUCUGCUCGACCGCCUCCAGCACCACCUUCUUCAACUCAGAAGUCUGUGAAAAAGCCCCCUGCGCCUGAACCGCGUGAUACGCACUCCUUUGAGGUACGUUUUACGAAGUCAGCGGGCGGCAAAGGACUUGGAUUUAGUAUUGUGGGUGGUCGCGACUCGCCGCGAGGCGACAUGGGCAUAUUCGUCAAAACUAUAUUUAAUAACGGUCAAGCGGCUGAGUCUGGCUUACUUCGAGAAGGGGACGAAAUAAUGUCAGUUAACGGCAGAGGCACGGCUGGUUUGACACAUAGUGAAGCAAUCAGGCUUUUUAAAGACGUCCGAGCAGGACCAGUACUGCUUCGGGUAACGAGGCGAGCGCCGGCGCGC